AGGGGGAACGGAGUGGAGCGGAGGAGGAGAGAGGGAGGAGGAGAGUGGGAGGGGAGUGUGGAAGGCUCUAAGGGAAAGCGGCAGAGGCCGGAGAGGAGGCACGGCGGACGGCGGGGAAGGCAGAGGUGUCAGGGGAAGGACAGGGCGGCUUCGGGCACCCUCGGCCGUAGCGCGGGGCAGCCGCCCGCCCAUCCUCCCUCCCCGCCCGAUCGCCGCGGCACCAUGGUGGACAGGGGCCCCUUGCUGACCUCGGCCAUCAUCUUCUACCUGUCCAUCGGGGCGGCGAUCUUCGAGGUGCUGGAGGAGCCUCACUGGCGCUCGGCUACCGAAGACUACAAACGGCAAAAGACGGAGCUACUCAAGCAGUUCCCGUGUCUGGGCCAGGAGGGGCUGGACAAGAUCCUGCAGGUUGUAUCAAAUGCUGCUGAUCAGGGAGUUGCUAUCACUGGGAACAACACCUUCAACAACUGGAACUGGCCUAAUGCUGUGAUCUUUGCUGCUACUGUAAUCACUACAAUCGGUUAUGGAAAUGUUUCUCCAAAGACACCCUCUGGGCGUCUCUUUUGCAUAUUUUAUGGGCUCUUUGGAGUUCCUCUGUGCUUGACGUGGAUCAGUGCUCUGGGGAAGUUCUUUGGAGGACGUGCCAAGAGGCUAGGCCAGUUUCUGACAAAAAGAGGAGUAAGCCUGAGGAAAGCACAAAUUACAUGCACAGCUAUUUUCAUCGUUUGGGGUGUCUUGGUCCAUCUGGUUAUUCCUCCUUUUGUCUUUAUGGUGACUGAAGGAUGGGAUUACAUUGAAGGUCUCUAUUACUCGUUUAUUACUAUCACCACCAUAGGAUUCGGAGAUUUUGUUGCUGGUGUAAAUCCAGAUGCAAACUAUCAUGCCCUUUACAGAUACUUUGUGGAGUUAUGGAUCUAUCUGGGACUAGCUUGGCUUUCACUCUUUGUCAACUGGAAAGUCAGUAUGUUUGUAGAAGUCCACAAAGCAAUCAAGAAACGGAGAAAAAAAAGAAAAGAGUCAUUUGACAACCAUCCUCGGUCUAAAAAACCUCUUCAAAUGGGUACCUCAAAGGAUGUGAACAUUUUCAGCUUUCUUUCAAAAAAGGAAGAGACUUACAAUGAUCUUAUUAAGCAAAUUGGAAAGAAGGCCCUGAAGACAAACAAUGACAAGAUGAUUAAAGUAGAAAAUACUAAACAAAAUAUGCAGAAUGCCAUUAAAGAUGCUCAGGUGACUUACACAAAGUCAGAGUCAUUUGAGUAUGAUGAGUCUUCCCUGGACAUUCAGAAUGGUCAUGUUUUGAGACAUCUGCAUGAUAAACGUGUUGGAGACAGUCCUAUUGAAGGAAACAUGUUUGUAAACCAACUAGACAGGAUAAGUGAAGAAGAAGGUGAAGUGUGGGAUUCCAGAGACUAUCGACCCUUAAUAUUUGAGAAUGCCAAUAUAACAUUUGUAAAUGAGGAUGAUGAUGAAGAGGAAGAUAUCUCAGAUGAUGAGGAAACUUCAAAAUCCUCUAUGGAUGAUAAUACUGUAGAGGAACCUGAAACUGCAAAAAACUUAGUAAAAUUCCCAUCGUCUGAUGAGUCUACCUUUACCAACAAUGAGCUAGAACUU